AUGGCGACGGCGAUGCAGGCAGAACUGGCCGACCAAGACAAUUGCCGCAUGUUGACGGAGAUUCCUGUGAAGGAUUGGAUUGGCUGCCCUGCCACCGUCUCAUCCUUGAGCGCUCUGGUGGGAGCCAUCGUGCCUGGACAAUUGCAGAAGUUGGAGACGGUCUUUGAAGUUGUCAGUUUGCAAGUUUUGGGCAUUUCGUCCGUGAAGACGGAAACGGAUGUGUGGCUCAUCGAUUCGUGUGUGCAUUAA